AUGUACGUACCGGGGCAACCCGCCACCCUGAUCUGCGUCAAAUCGCCAGCAGCUGAUGGAGGCUGUUUGUCCUGCAAGACUGCCAACCUCUUUACCUACUCACCAACUUUCCGCCAUGACAUGCACCUGCUCUUUCUUAGGAAAUCACCCUUCGCCUUUGAGUUUUUAUUCAGUCAGAAACGGCUACCUUUGCCGUUCAAAAAUCGAACACGUACCGACGACACCAGAUCUUGUCGCAUUCGCCAGGCCUCAGUCAAGCGCCCUGGCGUUUUCAUUGAAGACAUCAUACGGCGCAACGGUAGAACAGCGGCUCAAAAAGCCUAUGCCUCGGAAAACGAUGUCAGUUCCUUCGGAUCUAGCCAGUACCAGGGAACACCACACACUCCCAACAAACCUUACACCGGGUCGCCAGCGCCGGGAAGCCAGUCAUCAGCACUGGCAAAUUCGAAGCAACGAAACAAGAAUAGAGGUGGGAAAGGAAAGGAAGGGCAAGUGUCGCCAGAUGCGCAGCCAGAAAGAGGCACGCCAACCGGGCGAAGGGCCUCCAUGAAGUCCAACAUUCCUGCGGCUGCUUUCGCUGGAGCUACUUUCCAUGCUUCCCCAGCACCAUCAGCCCUUCCCAUCCCGAGCUUUCUCUCCAAGUCGUCCAGCGAAUCUCCGGCUAGGAAUUCUCAUCAGCUAAGCAAUCCUCGAAACUCGCCGCCAACAGACAACGAAGCAGCUGUACCGUACUCGGCCUCUGCUCCGAAAAACAGCGAGUCACCUUUGGAUUUUAUGUUUCGCGCCCAUAGGCAGGAACAAGAGAGGCGUUUCGGCUCCCCACAACACAAUGGCCAAGGCUCCCCAUCUAUAUUUGGUGGCGUCGCGCAAGGAUCGCCUCAGGUCAACGUGCCCCAGACUGCACCAGCAAGCAUUCGAUAUCAGACAGGCGGCAUUGCUCGAGCCGAGCUAGAUGGCACUCGGAGCCACGAAAUCGGGCCCGCGUUCUCAACUCCCUAUCACGAACGUAUUCGGGCUGCACGUGCUUCCCGGGGCGAUGCUCCUCCAAUGUCCUCUCAAGGCCCUGCCGCUGCGAACAGCUCAUCCACUGACGAUGCCACCGCUGCGCUAAAGAAGUUUCUGUUUGGUGGCGGCCAGCAUGCGACUAAAUCUCCUCUUUCUUCGGCAUCAUCUGUCCAGCCUUCUACCCAAGCUUACAAUCAGCCUGCCGGGCAGGCUCCUGGGCAGGCUAACAGUACAAGCCAUGACCGAGGAAGUAAUCUUCAAGCAAUGGAGAACGACCUACGCCGUAUCUUGAAGCUUGACUCUUCUUCCUAG